GACCACGAAGCUAAUAGCAUCUGGGGAACGACUCCAUGGCGAGCGUCUCGUACGUGGGGCGCCGCCGGUGCCAGGUCCUUUGCCUUUGCGCGGGGAUUCUCGCUGCCUGCAGAGAGGACCUUAGCUUUGUGGGUGCUGCGCGGCCGGGACUGGCGCCGGCGGUUAGAUCGACGAGGCCCCGCAUCGUGCGGCAGAUCCAAACAUAUGACGCCUUCGAGAACAUCGGCCAGCCUUUUGAUGUCUAUGCCGUGUUCUUUGUGGUCUCCUGCCUAAUGCUCGUGGUCCUUUUCAUUUUCCCCUUCGCUACGAACUUCGGGCGAUCCGAACAGCAGGAGGAGGAGGAUGUGGAACUUUUGUACGAAGAGGUCGAUGACGAUGAUGAGGUGGAAGACCUCUAUGAAGAGGUGGAAGAGGUCACUGAGCUAAAGAAAGAGCCAAAGGAAGAGCAGAAGGAGAAGGAGGAGGUCAAGACUGAGCUGAAGGAGCCCGCCAGCAAGGCCUGAAGGCAGGAUCACCCUGGUCACAGUUCUGAGUCCCGCGAACGUGUGAGAACAUCGAAAGGUACCUUCAAAAAAGCCCCCAUACAAACUCAAGCUGCUCUGUCCAGGUCUUGGCUGCGUUGCUUAGCAGCUGAGGAGUCG